CAUUUUUGCUCGCCGUGCCUGCGUGUGUCUUGAACAACUCUUUCUGACCACUCGGCAGUUUUGUCCGUCGUUUCCCACUGAACCCAGCCGGACCAACCCGGCCUGAGUACCACAAGCGGCUCCAGAUAUCCGCCAGGGCCUUUCGCUGGCUGCUAACACGGCUGGAGGUAUCACCUUCUGUCGUCGCGAUGAUGUCGGGGGCGGGUAAAAUAACUCCAUUCGGCCUGCUGUCACGGACUCUCCGGCCUGGCACGCCAAGCGAGGCACGCCUAGUAUGGUAUGUCGUCCCGAUUCGCAUCUCAGUUCCCUGCAGCGACGACCAGCAGCGGCAUGCUCUCAGCAACAACAACCCAAACGAUCCGUCAGGAUACCUGCACCUAGAGACCGUUAUGAAGGACGUACGGUCCUCUAGCAUUGCGAUUCACAUGCGCCAUGGCCAGCAAACUACCACUGCGCUGUGCAUCGACUCUCAGGAUGGCAGGUGGUUUGAGUACUUGGAUAAGCCGUAUGUCCGUCUUAAGGAGGUGUUAGGUCAAGGAGAAAGAGGUAUAGAGUCGGUAGAGUGCCCCUGUGCUUUACACCUGGUUAUCCUUUCGAGCGCGGAGAGGUGGUGGCAGGAGGUAAUCAAGGGGUUCAACAACGAGGUCCUCGCCCGUGAGCGUCAGGUUCUAGAAACCCUUGUUCUGAUGGAGCUCUCCCCCCAUCACGGAGAGAUAACGAAGAGUCUGCACGCCCUGGUAGCGCAUGUGCAACGGUAUAAGUCAGAGCUGCAGACCGCCUUGCGCAUCAUCCGCGGUCUGGAAGACACGACAGCAGACCACUCAAAGUGCCAUGGAGUGUCCAGCCAGCAGCCGAUGUCUCUGCCGUCCCAUUUAGCCGAAAUUGGCUGCCUCUUUGAGGGACUCAUUCUAGUCGUCGAGGAGCUGGAGAAGAAAGUCCUCAGAGUCAUUCAGUUGGUACGACUCACAUAUUUGUUGCCCACCGAUCGGGAUCGGGUUCUAGUACCCACCGUCCCCCAAAACCUUGUCUAGGCUCUAGAAUGAUUGUGAGCUGUUGAACCUAACAAAUUCACAGCUCUUCGAAGUAGCCCACCUCGCAAACGACAAGGUCCUCGUCAAAAAUGGUGUGGCAACACGUAAGAUCAUGAAAUCCACACGCUCCCAGCAGAUCUUUUCAGGUCGUAUGGCUCGAGAAUCGCAACAGAUGGCGAGGGAUAUGAGGAUGGAUAGCAUUUCCAUGAAGACGG